UUGAAAAGCAGAAGUGGUAGAACUGUAGGAGAGUGUAGUCGUACAGAUCCAAUGAGACAGGAAAACAGAGAGACGGGGAACAAGAAACUAAUUUACUGCCACAAAAUGAACAGAGGAAAAUGUCAAGGCCAUGCUGAUGACAAUAUAUAUCAAAAUGUGGGUGACUGCAAGAAGGAACCUACUGAGAAUCCAGGGAAGAAGAAGAAGGAGAUCCAUCAAGAUCCAAGACAAGAAUCAAAAUAUCUGAAGGCAACUGAAAGACUGAGGGCACAAAGGACACUCUUGAUUGCUAUGAUGAUCCUGCACAUCCUGACGCUCAUUCUCCUCAUCCUCUUCUCAAGCUUCCUGGUCACAUACAGUUCCGAUAUUUUUGGGCAGCUGAAUAAGACAGGAAAGGAGAAAACUGACCCGGCACCGUUAAUAAUAGCCAUUAAUGUGACUUUUGGAGAGGAGAAAACUGACCCGGCACCGUUAAUAAUAGCCAUUAAUGUGACUUUUGAUAAUUCGAACAGUGUAUGCAGUGACGUGACUUUGGCUCUUGUCUGUGUUUUGGAUCCCCUGCAACAGUUCCCUCCAAAGGGCUCCCUCAAGACCUACCUGUCUAAAGAAGACUCAAUGAUGCACCAGGAAGUCAGGAAACUACAAAGAAUUGUCACCAACCCUUUCCAACAACUAUAUACCAGUUUUAUCCCCAUUCCUUGUGAGCAGGUCCCUCUUAUGUUAUAAAACCUAUUACAUUAGCCUUGUUUAUUUAUUGUAAGUCCCCUGUUUGUUGCAAUGUUAUUUUAAUGUUCUGUGUUACUUGCUACUGCUAUCGAAUGGAUGAUGAUAAUGAUUCCUCUCUUUAAGAUGAAUCCAAUGAUUGGUUGCUUAAGCCCCCCCCCUCCCACUUGUGGUCCUUCAUCUUGCCCGAAUCAAUGGAUUUGUAGAAUAAAAUAUCCUUAAUUACAGCUGCAUUAUAAAUUAUAGUACAUGUGUGGAAGGGUAAAGGUUUAACUCAUCUCUAUGUCAGGCAGUUCCCAUGGGGAUUAAGACAACCAAGUUCCCUUAGGUUUUGCAGUUGGGAGGGGAACUGUUUUCUUUUCCUGGUGAGAGAGUUGCAUGGCAGUUUAAUAUGGUGGUCAGGAGUUGUCAGUAGUGAAAAAAAAAUUACGAAACGGCAAAAAAGCGCGAAACACGUUCAAGUCAAUGGGUGUCAAAAAUAUUUACGCGUGACAAUUUUUUAUGUACGCUCCAUAUGAGUUACAGUCAAUGGUCGUUUUUUUCUUGUGGCAACUAUUUUGUCUAAAUGCAUUAAAGUCAAUGGCCAUUAUUUUUCUUAUGGUGACUUUUCUUGUCUCUUGUUUCUUGGGUGAAUUUUUGCAGCAGUUUUGUGAAAAAAAAUCGCAGAUGGCAAAUGCGGAAUUUUGCUGCGAAUCCAUGGCUGGUGAAAAAUAUUUGUUAUUUACUAGUUGUCAGGUUUCAAUAGUCUUUAUAAAGAGAAGUCAUCAGGUGCUAGGCCUCCUGGUUCUCUAUCUGAGAGGCAGGUCUGAAUGUUGAGGGUCCAGUGGCUGAACUAUGGCUUAUUUUCUUACGUUAACUCAGGAUAUCAGGAUGACGAGUAUUAGUUAAUGAUAGUUAGAAAUACAGUAGUACACCCCAGAGGUGUAAGUCAGGAAAGGUCAGUAAACAAGGGUAGCUUUGUGCCCCAAUUCAGGAGGAUUAUUGUGGAUAGUGCUCCCCAGGCAUUACUAUCUAGUGUAUCCUUCCUACUCCUGGAUGACAUUCACUGUGGCCAUUUCAGCAUUUAACAGUAUCUGAGAGAGAUUCUACACAUUUCAUUUGUGCUGCCUUAUUUGAGUUCCAUUGCAGUUUGCAUCGUUGUCUCUUCUGUUAAAAAUAAAUGAUCAGUUGCCUAUAGACACUAAAAGAGAACUUGGCAUCAUU